AUGCCGCGCCAGCUGAUCCCCGACAGUCGCUUUCAGGCACACGACUGGCAGGUCUCCAGCGUAGACUUUCACCCUCAGCUCAACAUUCUCGCCUCUGGCUCCUGGGAUCGUUCCAUCAAGAUCUGGGAUAUUGAGGAGUCACAAAUUCUCCGAACCAUCGACCGUAACGCCGGUCACACGGCCCCGGUGACCUGCGUUCGAUGGCACCCCAGUGGCAAUCUCCUUGCCUCGACCUCCGCUGAUAACACAACGUGCCUGUGGGACGUCAACACCGGACAGCGCAUGCGCACCCUACGCGAGCACUUUGGCUGGGUUCUCUCCUGCUCCUUUGCUCCUGAUCGGACCAAACUUGCCACAGCAUCAUGGGACAAGACAGUCCGUUUGUGGGAUCCAAACACCGGUGAAUUGUUGUCCACCCUCCGCGGUCACACCAAAGGUGUAUACGCGUGCGAGUUCUACCCCGUGGGCCACACGUCUGCCCUGCUGGCGACGGCUGGUGAUGAUGCCAUUGCCCAGCUUUGGGAUACGCGCACAAGGAAAGUCGCCAUGAAGCUCGUGGGCGGCCAUGCCGAUGCCAUUCACUCCAUUGCCUGGUCAAACGAUGGCACACUUAUUGCGACCGGUGGUGCUGACAAGACAGUCACGCUGUGGGAUCCCAAAGCCGCUGGCAAAACCCUCAAGCUGUUCAAGGGUCACGAGGAGACCGUCAAGGCUGUCGGCUUUGCCCCCGUCAACAAGUACAAUCCUCACAACAUCGUGGCCUCAGCCGGUGGCUACUCAGCCUCCAUUUGGAACCCAGCUGCCACCAAGCACGGCCUUGUCUGCGAAUUCAGAGCGCACGAAGAUGGCAAGGAGGUGGAAACACUUUCCAUUUCGCAAGACGGCCAGCUUUUGGCCACUGGUGGGCGCGACGGCGUCGUGGCCGUCACCACCUUCCCAGCAGUCUCGAGCACGGAUUACUACGCCGAUGAGACGGACGACCGGGAGUUGGAAAAGCGCACCGAGCAGGCCGAGCGCUGGCAGGCGCGCCAAAACAAAAUGACUACUUCGGUUUCACAGUAUCGUGCCAUCACUGGGCAAGACAUGGAUGAAUCCCAUGCCUGGACCAAGCGAGGCCAACCAGUCCCACCCUCACCCGAACCUGGGCGGGCGCGAGCGCCCCGACCCGAUGCGAGCAAAUUGCUAGCGGAGCGUGGCUUUAACCGUGAUGGUCGUGUCCAGGCCACCGAAGCACCAGCGGCGGCUGCGGCUGCGGCCGAGACGGACAUUACUCCUGCUGCUGCAUCCGCUGCACCCGCCGCUACUGAAGCCGAGACGGAGAGCGAGUUGUCGUUGCAAGAGCAAAUCAACCGCACUGGUCUACGCCAGGUCCACGUGCUGGAUGAUCGGGGCCAGGCCCAUCCCAUGCUCAAGGCAGCUCAACAACAACAACAAAAGGCCGCUGGUGUUCCACAAGCGCCGAACGCAGGACCUACCAAGGUCAGCGAUGUUGAUGCCCUUAUGAAGCUGCUGCGUGACAAAACCGAAGACCCACUUCGCCGCCAACAAGCCGCUCUGCGCCAGCCACGCCCACGCUCCUCGAUUGUAGAGCCCGAAAAAGAAGCAGGCGGAGCGGUCACCGCCGCCAUGAGUACUAUCCUCUGCCGCUGGUUGAAUGAGGAUGUGCAACUGGGUGAAUCAGUGUCGCCAGCUGACUUGGCCUCCAAGUUCAGCAAUGGCUACCUUCUGGGUCAACUGCUCUCCCAGUUCAAUUUGCAGCCGGAUUUCAAGUCCUUUUCUCGCUCAGACACGGCUGAGGCACGCCUCAACAACUUUACUCGAUUGGAACCCGUACUACGCGCCCUCAAGAUUAAGUUUGAUGCCAACAUGGCUCGUGAUGUCAUGGCUGAGGAGGACGGUGCCGCCUCUCAGCUACUAUAUCAACUUUUCGUGUCAUUGAACAAGCAGCUCGACAAGGACUGGCAAAAUACCGUCAUUGCCGGCGGUGGCAGCAAGGUGUCUGGCGCGCCCAUGCCAAACCUAGACUUUGAAAAGUUGGAGGCCAAAUUUCGCCAGCGUCAGCGCCAACACGAGGAAAAGGCUCUUCGUCAACAGCGGCAGGAACAAGAGAGGGCGGACCAAAUUCGCGAGCAGAAGCAUCGCGAAAUGUUGGAACGCUCGCGCGAAGUGAAGCGUGCCUACGAUGAACGUGUGCGCGUGCUUGCCAGAGGUCCGGGGAGCACCGGCGGUGAUGAUGACGGCAAUCUUCCAUCCUCUGCUCGCUCCCUCCGUGGUUCGUCCACCAUGGACCAAGUGCGCAAGACUAUGCGGCAAGCCGAAACACGGCGGGUUUUGGCAGCAACUCAGCGUCUUGCUGAGCUGGACGAUCUGGACCGCUUUGAUGCGACCGUACACGGCGAGGACGCACGCCAGCCUCUGCGGCCCAUUGGACAUAGCCAGCAGGAUCAAGACUUUUCCGACGAUGAAGACAACGCCUAUGGCGAGCUGGCCCGUGACCCAGCUGUGGACGGUCGCCGUUCCCACAGCGUCUCGACCUCGGCGCACGCCACACUUCAGCGCAGUGGCGCCUCUGGGCGGCCCGACCUUGCUGAGACACCAACAGGCGCAGGCACGAAUACUGAAGAGCCCAGCGAGUACGUUCGUGCUGUGCGUCAACGGCGGCAGCAAACUGAGGCCGCACUCCAGGAACGGGAACGCCAACGCAAGCGCCUCCUGGUCAUGCAAAUGGCACAGCAACAAAAACUGGAUCAGCAGCAAAUGGACGACCUGCUCUUGGCCAAGAUUACGCGCCAUUCACGCCGUGAGCAUCAGAUCGCUGCAAGACUCAUGGCAAUCCGUCGAGAGAAGGAAAUUAUUCGUCAAAAUCGACUCUACCGACAACAACAAAUGGCGCUGCUACGUGAGGCAGAAUUUCAGCAUGCUCUUGAUCAGGAAGCCGAGCAUGCGCGGCGUCAGCGCGCUACAAAAGCAGCUGCCGAACAAGAGCAGCAAGAGCGGCGUCUCAAGGCUCGAGAAUCCCGCGCCAAGGCUCAACAGCAAGCCGUACAGGACAUGGUCUGCGGUACUGUGCACGACGUCAUCGCCAUGGCCAUGCAGCUGAGCACAUAUCAUCGGUUGACUGGCAUGGUUCCGCCUCCGAGUGUGCGUCUUGAUUUGAAAAACACCUUCUUGGCCGGCCUGCCAAUGAAAAUGGACGUGCCCGGUGCAACGACGGACCCCGCUCCGGCCGCUGCCACGGCAGCGACAAACUCGAGUACUCUGCGAGAUUACCUUCUGGUGGCUGAAAAUUGGAUGCCUGAACAGGGCACGGACGACCUGCGCCAGGCCGCCAUUGCUCGCAAUCCAAUUUUAGGCCAUCUGUUGCACGAGUUGGCUGCGCGGGCCUACCCGGCACCGACUCCCUGGCAACCUGCCCCCAUGCCGGCGCACGACUUGCGUGCUGUGGUGCUCGGCAAGCCCUUUGCUCCAGUCGAGGCUUUGGUCGCCGCCUACGUUGCCAAGCAUCCGGACGUCGUCGUCAUCUCUCCGCAAGAUAUUGUCGCGGCUGCCGUGCAAGCACACGAGACCGAAGAGCAGGCCUUUGCGGCACAUGAGCCGGCCCUGGAAGCCAUUUUGCCGCCGGACCUGAGCGAGCCGUUGAUAGUAGAUCGCCUGGCUGCCGCUCAAGCCGUUGCGGAGGAGUUGGCAAGACAAAUCGAAGCAGAGCACAAGGUCGUGGCCCCCUCUCCCAAGGGCAAGCAAAAGGGCGGCGAAGCCAAGGCUAGCGCGGCCUCUGCGGAGCCAAGUGCCGUGGAAGCAUCGGUACCUCCAAGUGCCGACGCCAUUCCCACCAUUGUCGAGGAAGAGAGUUCCGCUGUGGCAACAGCAACGGAUGUGGCCUCUGAGGCCGAGGCGAGCCCCGACGCCAAUGCCAACGAUGCACUUGCUGCAGAGAACCACGAGGGCACCGACGAGUCCGGCGCUACCGCCCCCAAGAGUUCCAUCGCAGAGUCAGAUGCGGAGGCCUCUGCGACAGCCGACGAUCCCGCUGCAGCUGAAUGUGUGGCGCCUCGAGGCCUCUCAUUGCGGGCACGCUUGGGGCAGUUGGCUGCAGAGGACCUGCAGCGUGGUGGUGUCGUCGAUGAGCGCGUCAUGUGUGCCUUGAUCGUUCUGCGCAUCCAUCAGGUUCAAUCCGGGCCGGGCUGGAUUCUGACCAACUACCCGACCACACUGCAUCAGGCCCAGCUGCUUGAGCGUUGUUUGGGUGGCCGGCUGUUGCCAUCCGAGCGCGAAAGCUCAGAUGCCAUCGUGUUUCCUCGGUCUGAAUCUUUGCUGGCACCCGAUCCACUACCCAACAAAAAGUCCGAGCCUGAACCUCGAGUUGUCGCAGUGAUUGAGGUUCGCAUUGGUGAUGACGUUGCGGUAGCCGCCGCCCAAGCGGCGGCUCAGACGGGUUCGGCCGAGUCCAACGAUGCCGCCGAUGCGGCAUCACCCGCAGAGAACACCGCGGGGUCCCACAUGGACGUUCAGGUGGUUCAGCGGCUUGCAGCAUGGGAACAAGAUGUCACCCCCAUGCUUGGUUGGUACACUGAGCUUUUCAAAGCACAUACUGCUGGCGGGCACGAGGUGCAUGUGAUUGAGGCCACGGAGGCGUCCGAGAGUGCGGAAACCGCAUUCAGUAGCAUUCUAACCAGCGCCUGCCAAGCACCGUACAAGCGCGCCCGUGAAGCAUCGGCGCGCCAACGCUCCCGAGAGGCAGCCCGUCGUGCCGAUCUAGAGGCGUUGCAGACAAUUUUGGAUGUGCAAGCUGCGGAGCAACGUGAGGCGGAUGCCAUUUUGGCCAGCCAGGCAGCUGCCGUUGCGGAAGGCGCCCCUGUUGAGAAUACGCUUGCUGUCAAGGCACCGUCAAAACCGGGCAGCGCCCGUGGCUCGCGUCCCUCGAGCAAGUCUGGAAAGAAAAAAUCUGCGAGCCAAGCGCCAACGGCUACGGCAGAUACGGCCGAGCCUACGGGACCUCGGGCCAGUGAGGUCAGCGCUGUGGUUGCCCAGGAGGAAUCACAAAUCGACACCGUUGUGGAGCGCGACCUAGUGCGCGAGCCUCAACCCGGGGAUGCUGAUUACUCUUUCGCGCCGCUCACUGCCGUCGAUGAGAUCAUGGCCCAGGCUUUGGUGCCUCUGUGGGAUCAAGCAGAGCAAAACUAUGUGGGAGAGGUGCUGGCCGUGGCCGAGCGCCUGCGUCGCGAGGAGCACAAUGCAAUUGAGUUUCUGGGGACCUGCCGCUUGGCUAUGGAGACCUUUUUGCAGCGGCCUGAUACUAAGCAGGAAUAUUUAGCGCAGUGGCAGGUGAGCUUCAAUGAGGUACCAGCUGACGUGCGACGCUUGCCCGCUGGCAAAGAAGAGCUGAACAAGCGCAUCGAGGACCUGCGGGAGAUCUUGUACGAGAUGACGGAUCAACGCUACGACAGUGCCAAAGUCAAGGUCAAGGAGAUGCAGGACGCGCUGUGGGCCGAGAAUGCCUCUUCCCUAGUUGCCAACUGUUUUUUGCAGCUCCUUCAUGCGGAAGGCAAUCGCUACCAUAGUACCAUCACCGUCCUGCGCGAAGCCUACGCGGCUUUGGAUACGGAGCCGCGAGAAGCAGCUCGGGAGCCACCAACCGUUGCUUUGAUUGACGUGCGAGCUGAGCCUGCCUUUGAUGUUGUCAAAGGCCCAAGCAAGGGCAAAGGUGGCAAGGGCGCAGGCCCUCCCACUGCUGAAGGUCCACACGGCGUGCCCGUGGUUGCGCCCACAAAACUGAACGAAAUGGUAACGGUCCAGCACUAUGCAACGGCCCUACGAGCCGCAGUUCCGGAGCGCUUGAACCCGGCCAAGGCCCGUGCGCGAGCUGCUGCCGCUGCCGCUGCCGCCGCCGAAGCCGAAGCAGCGGCGGCGGCGGCUGCUAAGAGCAAAAAGUCCAAAAAGGGGCCAGAGCCUGUGGUGGAGGAGCCGCCCGCCCCGUCUGAGGAGCAGCUGGCCGAAGAGGAAGCCAAUCAGGAGCGUGAACGUCUUCGUGAACAGGGUUUGCAGGAGGAAUACCAGGCCCUCCUGCGCGAGGAUGAGCGCUUCAAGGCCGUUGUGACGCUGUUGGAGCGUUUGGCCGAGCAAGUCCUGACACGCAUCAAGGACUCGGCACAUCUCUGCUUUGAGGGUCUCUCGCAGCAGGCGGGUGAGGCGUAUCGGGCCGAGACGCAGGCCGUCGAUGCCCUCUGUGAGCAGGCUCGACAGGCCGUGUUUGCAGGCGAGCCCAUUCUGUAUGAACUCGUGCUACAGGGCACUACCUACUCCAUCAACCAGGAGCAAUAUGUAUCGCGACCCCCGGCAUUACCGCUUCCUCCAGCCCCCACAGAGGAACAGCCUGCACAUGCCUUCACGGUAGCACAGCUGACAACAUUGCACCAUCGGUUACGGAGUCUCGCGCCCACGGGCGUGCUGGCCACAGAGACCCUCGAAGAGCUGCUCCUUGAUCUAGGAGGGCGCAACGGCUGCGAUGGUGCCCUGCCUUUAUGGUGGCAGAGCUAUUCCGUGACGCAGGUCCAUCAGAUGGUCAGCGCGUGGAGUCAAGACCGGGCCUUUGCGGACGUGCGACGCCUGCUCGUGGACGCUGCUGGACUUCCUGCACCCACACCCGCGGAGGUCUUCGCAGCCUUUCAGGGCUAUUAUUUGCGCAACACGCAUGGCCUCCUGAAUGCAGCCGAAUUUUUGUCGGUUCCGUUGUGGUUUGACACGCCUCAGCCCGCAUUGGACUCUGAUACCCUGGCCGCAGAAUUUCAUCGCAGUGCGCGCUUGAAAGAGCUCUUCUUUGAUGUGUUUGCUGACCAUGCUGUGACCCAUUCUGGUCGCCGUAUCGACUAUCGCCGUUUUCUUGCGUAUGCCGUGCGCGGACCAGCCACGGCGGAACCAGACCUGGGCGCCUGUUGCACGCUGGCGGCUCUAGUGAGUGGGCAGCUGGGUGCCUCGCGCUAUGAUAGCUUUCCAGGCACGGAGAGUCUCAAGGCUGAUGCCCAAACGCUGGCCACCCUUGCUCAAUUAUAUCCUCUGCCUGCUGAAGGCGUCUUCGAUCUGGAUGCGGCCGAAGAGGAUGACAUUGUCGAUGCGGCCGAUGCACGCAUGGCCGAGUUGGAGACCGCGGGGCCUCGAGCUCAGCCCUUGCUGACCGAUGACGAAGUGGACGCCCUGGUCGCACCUGAAGGCAACCUUGAGGCGAUCCUGCAGCGGGCUGCCUCCAAAGGUGUCAUCUCUCUCUCUCUCUCUCUCUCUCUCUCUGUUCUUAUACUUCUCAAACCGACCAAAUCUCUCUCGCUCUCUCUCAGAGUUCGUCCACACAACACACACACCACACACACCACACUGUCUCUUUCCAUCUCUCUCUCUCUUUCUGUGUCAGUCAGUCAGUCUGCGUGUGGCCCUCCCUGCCUCUCUGCCUCUCAGGUUCCCUCUUUCUUCGUCUUUGCAGCUCUGUCGAUUUGUCUGUCUGGCUCACGGUAUGCUGUCAUCUAUCUGCUGGUCACCUGCCAGGGGCCCACUCAAUGUGCAACGGACGCCAUGUUGGGAGGCGCUGGACUGAUACCCUACCGAGCUAGGCCUCGCGUCUCGUCGACAUGGGUGGGCGUUGCCUUGCUCCUGCUUGCGCCGAGAAUUCAGGCGCGCUGUGAAGGCCAAGUGCCGCGCUUUCCUUCCACAACUUGCGUUGAGCGUGCUGAGGGAGCUCGCUGUGAGCUGCGAUGCGGCGAUACCGGUCCGAGCGAUGCUGUCGGCUAUGCGACAUGCUUGGAUGGGUCGUGGGUGACCAAUCACACCUGUGAUAUUUGCGCCAUUUGCCCGAUCUACUGCGACGACUUGAGCACCCUCACCUUAUCAGCCGAUCGCCAAGCUUCAUCUCUCGAUCCGGCCUGCUGGUCCCGUCUGGGGCCCAGCGUGCCACAAGGCCUACCGUCCUCGCUUGUCGUGCUGGUGGUGGACAGCCUUGCCUUGGAGUUGCCCCGUGGUCUUCUUGACGGGCUGCCCAACCUGCGUGAGCUUUACGUGGCUGGCAGCAACGUUGAUCGCUCCCAGGAGCGCACGUUCGACCCCGCUCUUGUGGCUCGCUGCCCCGCCAUGUAUGAUGUACGUCUCCGUGGUUUGCGCAUCAGAGAGUUUCCCUACUUUAUCAACGCUGGGCUCAAGCGCUACUCGAUAGCCGAAACGACAUACGCCAAUGAUCACAUGGUUUUCAACAUGACGCUUGCCCAGCACCUUUGGCCAGAGGUGAGACCACUCGCUCGUCGGGGGACGGGGGGGCCAAGUCAUCUUUACCUUUUGCCUUUCUUCACAUGCUUUUCUGCUUUGAUGAACCAACAGUUGGAGAGCUUGAGGCUGUCUGAAUUCGCAGCUAUUCACAUCAUCACAAAGCUAGCACGUGCAUGGACCUCCCUCACAGACCUCAAGGUGGCAGUACUCGAAUUCAAUGCCACGACCUUUGAUUGGAGCAUGCUUCCAAACAUUGCGCGUCUGAGUCUCUACAUGGAUCGUGGGCCAAGCUCGAUGACGGCCAAAGGCCUCCCACAAGUUGGUAUGCUGAGCUAUCUCAAGCUGACAACCACAAACCCAGCCACAAUGCGUUACCUGACCCUGGACGCGGUCUACAAGCUGAUUGAUUUUCACCACAUCAUCAUCAAUCACCUCGAGGAUAGCGUGCAGAUUGUAAGUCCCAGCUUGCAAUGUGGAGUGGAGCCCAGGCACUUGAAUUAUGUAUUGGCUUGCAACUGCAAGGCAAACGAUUGGCCUUUAGCCAAUGGCACGACUGUGCCAGAUUUUACUCACGCCUCUCAUUGCCCGCAAGCCGGCGCCAUGGCCUGCGAGCCUGAGUGGGAGGCCAUGGCCAACUGCAUGUCCGCCGAUGAGCUUCAAGCUUGGGGCGGUGAGUACAUCUACCCACCCCAAGUUUGCGAUGGGUAUCAGGACUGCAGCAACGGCCGGGAUGAAAACGGGUGCUCGGCGCUGACGGACAUUGUGAAUGAAUUUCCUCACGUCGAUGCCAACUGGCUGUCUGUGCUUGUCUGCACUCGUAACCUGACGAUGAGCAUUACCAAUGGCAAACUUUAUGCUGCGCCUGCAGACCCGGAUUGCCAUGUUGGCCGUGGCCUGGUCCGACACUGGAACGUUUUUGAGCUCAGCAUUGGCUACACCUCCUACUCAAGUGUGUACGACCCAGCGCUGGGGGCCUUUCGGAGCCGUGCCACAAUUGAGCGGGACGGGGAUGGUAAUUUUGAGCCGUACGACUUUUACCACGUACUGACAGUUCAAGAUGGCAAGGUUCUGGGCAUUUCUGCGGAGAAUGUCACCAACACCAGGCCCGACGAUCUGUCUGAGGAAUCCUUUGAGCGCCUGCGCUCCUCAAAUCUGCACUGUGCCAUCACUACUACGGCUGCAGCAGCAACAACACGCCCUGCCUUGACGAGCGCUCAGCUGGAGGCCAGCCUGCGCCAACAGGAUGAAACUCAAAUAACUUUGAUUGCCGUGGGUGCGGGAGCUGGUACUUGCCUGCUGCUUGUGAUCAUCAUUGCUAGCCUGCGCUGUCGCUCCCGAAACAAGCUUGUCUUGAGCAUGCAGGCUGGAUACCAAGAACAAUACGCUGCCGCCAUGCAGCGAUUUCAGGAAGCACAUCCAACCUUGAAGUUGGAUGCACUCUUUGAACUUUCUCGCUUAUGUCAGUUUCUGUCUAGGGGUGAUUUUCAAGUUUUGGAGCCGGUGGGCGAAGGCCACUUUUCAACCGUGUACAAGGCUGCCUAUCAAGCACGCCCUGGCAAGGCGAUGCCGGAUAUGCCCCCAUUUGUGGCACUGAAGGAGCCCAAGCUUGAUUUGAAUGAGAUUGGCCUCUUGCCAGAGUUUUUGAAAGAAGCCAUGGUUUUACAGGCCAUGGGCACCCACCCCCACCUUAUCCGUCUCUUUGGCAUCUGUCUUCCACGGGGGGACCAUGCAUUACGUUUUGCACAAGUUUUUGAAAUAUGCGAUAUGGGUAGUCUCAAGCACGUGUUGACAAACUCGCUCGCAUUUUCAGCUCCAGUGGUGGCCACGAUCGCCAUGCAGGCAAGUGGGGAACCCAACGCGAGCCCUAAGCUGCAGCGCAACGACUUUGAACACCGAGCGUUCUUACAAUUGAUCCCAUGCUGGGCGCAGGUAGCUGACGUGAUGACUUUUCUUGCUGAGCGAGGCAUUGUCCAUCGUGACCUAGCAGCGCGCAACAUUCUUGUCACUUCGCUUCAACCCACCCUCGUCAAACUGGCGGACUUUGGACUGUCUCGCGUGGUGAGCAAGGAGGACUAUUAUCGUAGCCGCAGCGACGACGACCUGCCGUUUCGCUGGAUGGCACCUGAGGCGAUUCGGGAGCUCAAGUUUUCGGAAGCUUCAGAUGUCUGGUCAUUCGGGGUGUUACUGUGGGAAAUACUGAAUCAAGGAGCGACCCCGCACAGCAAUUGUGAAAGUCAUCAAAUCGUGGCUCUUUUAAUGCGAGGCGAACGGCUGACUUUUGCUCCAACAAUCAAUGCCGCGCUGCGCGACGGGUUGCGGCAAGAUGCUUUGCCCCAGUGUGGUGCGGGGACAUAUCGCAACAACACGUGCUAUUACUCGCCCAUCAGCUACGUCCAGCUGCCCAACAGCACGUUCGACGCAUGCUGUCAUGCUUGCCUGCAGGAUCCCAUUUGCACGGGCUUUGUGUUGAACGACGGCACUUGUAACCUUAAAAACGACAGCAUGGUCCAGGGGAGUGCAAACGACCAGUGUGAGGCAGUGAUUGGCAUGCGAUCGGGCCCCACGGCCGAGCCUCCCAAGCCAGCUCCAUCAGGCAGCAAAAAUGUCCUCCUUUUAGUGGCAGACGACAUGCGCCCAAGCCUAGGGUCUUACGGCGUCAAGAGUCAGAUCACCCCCAACAUGGAUCGCUUGGCCUCGGAAGGAUUGCAGUUCCAGUUUGCUUAUGUGUGUAUACCACAGGCCCCGCAACUGUUUCCGCAGCUACGCACUUGA